AUGGAACUUCUACGUUUAAAUCGAGUCACGAUUCUCUUCUUAUCGAUAUUUGGUUCACUGACUUUAGGAGCGUUCUUGCGUCUCUCACCUACAGGACGAGAAUAUGCGCCAUGGACGGAAACACUAAAAAACGUUAGACCCAUAUCAGCACCAUUAUUCCCAUACUCUAUAGAUUCAGAUAUCGAUGAUUACCAUACGUACAAUACUAGGGAGAUAGAUAGUUUAAGGGAUUGUAUGGAAAGAGGAGAAUGCAGAAGGAACCAACAGAAGAUAAUCCUUGCUCAUGCUCAUGUGUGGCCAGAUGCGAUCAUCAACGGAUGGAGAGGAGGUGAAGGAGUGUGGGCAUUAUCCAUGUUUAGAGCAUUGCGAGAAUUGGGUUACACAGUAUUACUUGGAUUGAACGGAUGGGAGGAAACAUUGACUCAAUACCAGAUGUUCCCUGAUCAAGUCGAAAUCAUCAUUAAAUCAGAUUGGUUGGAUAAUUGUAUACAGGAUCCCUUGUGCAUCAAGUCGAACAGUAAUCCCACAGGACUUCCCAGAUGGAAAGGCGAGUUUCAAUUCAGUUUCUUCCCAAAUUACGAUACAAGAUUCGGUCUAGAUUACAAAUGGACAAUACAUGCUGAUCGAUAUGAAAUGGGCAAGGAAGAAACUGGUAAAAAUCAAUAUAUCGGCUACUCUAUUGAGGAGGGUUGCGAAAGUACAGAUAUAAUCCCUUAUAACGAGACGCCAAUGACGACGUGGAUUCUAGCCAAACAAGCUUCCUAUUUUCACGUUACUACCACGUUGUAUUCCUUCAAUAACAGCUAUUACACCCUUACUCCUCAAGAAGAAGGGCUUGAGGACUUGAGCUACCGAGCGGCUUACGAAGUGUUUGACGGAUACAUGAGGGACGACCUGAUUGAGCCGGUUACUGAGCUUGAAGCCAUCGUAAACCUGGGUCAGAUCGGACCUGAUCGAUUCCGUAACGAGGUUGCUUCUUCGAAAAUCAUGAUAGGCAUUGGCAAUCCACCUCUUUCACCUUCACCUUAUUUGGCUCUAUGUAUGGCUACACCAUUUUUGAAUCCAUACAGAAGCUGGGAUAGUGAGAAUCCAAAUGAUAGAUCAAAAUGGCUGUCUCAACAUGAUUAUUUAAAAUGGCUGGAUCCUCCAUACGUGUAUAACGUUCGAGCGCACGAUUACGAAGGAUAUGUAGAUGCCAUACGUGAAGCCAUCAACAACCGACCACCGAGAUAUAUAGAUCCAUCGAUGACUCCUGAAUCUAUACGGAAGAGGGUCAAGAGGCUAGUAGAGACUGACUGGAGGAGUAUAGCCAAGACAUAUAUGGAGGAAAGAGAAGCAGAAGGCGAAGUAUAUACGUGGACCUUGUAA